AUGUGCGAUCUGUUACGCAAAAAACUUGUAUUGGCUGGGAUGUCACCUUCAAAAGAAAAGUCAAUAUCAACCUUGGAUUCGUCUGUACGAAUGCACAUGACCUUAAUGAAGAGCACCUAUGCGAGUCGAGAUAAACCGAAAGCAUUUGAUGCUAAGGUAAUCCUUGAUGAGUACAAAGAUUAUCAUUUUGGAAUUUUCAAAAUCGAGAAGGUGAGCGUACCUUUGAACACAUUCUCUUUCUGUUGUAACUUAGCCUUUAUGAACGAGGAGUCUAGCGACUCCCUAUUGGUAGGAUGUUAA